AUGCAUUAAUCAACUAUGAUAGAAUUAGAAAAACAACUUAAUUGCAGUUAAAAUCAUAAUUAACCAAUACACAUGGUUGUAUUUGAUGAUAAAUUAAAGGGAUAAGAACGUCUUUUGUGCACUAUUUGUAUGGAAACUUUUGAAUCAGAAUCCAAAACUAUUGGAUUUAAAAAAGUAAUGUAAAUGAUUGAAGAAAAAUAAAAGAAUAAAGUCGAUAAUAUUUAAAGUUUGAUUCAAGGUGAUUUAGAUUUAGUUAAAUAGUUUUAGAAUAAACUGCAUCAAAUAAAACAAAACCUCAUAAAAUAAUUAGAUGAAUUGAUAUCAAAUUCUAAAGAUUGGAUCAAAAGUCUUAAUGAAAUUGUCACUAAUAAUUCCAAAUAUAGUUUCUAUGAUGAAUUAGAAUUAUUAAUAAAUAAUCCUAUUUAAAAUACAUUCAAUUAAAAACAAAUAAUAGACUUAAUUAAAGUACUUAAUAAUUCAUUUUGUACUAAAAUUAAUUUGAAAUUAUGUAAUCUUAAGAACUUAGAGUUAUAUUCAUAAUGUGAAAAAUACUUAGAAAAUUUGAAUUUAUACCAUGACAUUAAACUGAUCGAUAAUACAAUUUAGUAAACACAUGUAUGUUAUGCAAUCUCUUUUAAUUCAUCUGGAUCACUUAUGAUAUCUGCUUUUAAUUAAGACAUAAAGGUAUGGAAUUUUGUUUCAGGAAGAUUAUAAGAAAUUACUACACUUAUAGGACACUCUAAUGGUAUUACUAGUCUAUGUUUUAGUUAGAAGUGCAAUAAUUUCGUAUCAGCUAGCUAUGAUAAUUCAAUUAAAUGUUGGAAAUAAAUCAAUGAAAAAGUAUGGCAGAGUUCUUAAUCUUAUUAAAAACAUACUAAUUGCAUAAACUGUUUAAUUUUAAAUCAAUCUGAGAACUUACUUGUUUCUGGUGGACGUGAUCAUUCAAUUAAAAUUUGGUAAAUUGAUUUUAUUCAGAAUGAAUUAACUUAUCUUUACUCAUUAGAUAAACAUAUAAAAUCUGUUUAUAGUUUGUGUUUUAAUUAAUCUGAAAAUACUUUGGUAUCUUGUGGGAAAGAUAAGUAAAUAAUAAUAUGGAAAAAAGAUAUCUUACAGAAAUGGUAAUUUGAGUAUGUAGUUACAUAAACAGUUUAAGAAUUUGGUUGUAGAUUGUAUUUUAUUAAUGAUGAUUAAUUUAUUUGGGUACCAGGAGAUUAAGUAAGCAAGGAUUGUAUCAGCAUUUUUGAAUUUUAAGAUGGAAAAUAUCAAGAAAAUUUGAUGAAAGAAGUUGAAUUGAUUAAGAAUGAUAAAAAUUGUGAUUAUCGUUUAUGUCCUAUCUUUUAUAAUAGUAAAAAUAAUUUAAUGAUUGUGAAGCACAAAAAUCAUGUUUAUUUGAUAAAAAUAUCUAAAGAAGGUAAAUUAAAUAUAAUUAAAUGGAUAAAAUAUGAAUCAAAUUUUAUACAAGGAGCAUUAAGUAAUGAUGGAAGAUAUCUAGUAACUUGGAAUAAGUCUGAAAAUAAAUAUGAUACUUAUGAAAUAUUGAUUAAUUGA